UGAGGCAAUACGUAACUUAAAGGAAAGAGCUGAAAAGAUAUGAAGAUGAGUCCAUUCACUCUCGUUUUGCUUCUCUUGCUAGUCGAUAACAUAGAAUCAAGGCAUGAACCGGGAGUACGUUGGAGUAAUGUGAUUGAAGACAAGGCAUUACCAGAAGCAGCAAAAGUGAAAGAAGAUAGCAUUGAAGAUAAACAGCUCCUAAAUGAAAAACUUUUUGUAAAGGAUAUAGAACCGAGGCCAAGUAUUUCAUUUUAUCCAAACGAUGUUGAAAAGAAAUCAUUUUCUAAGGAUAUUGAGCCACGACCAAGUGCAACGUUUUACCCAAAUGAGAAUGUCAAAGUCAUACUUUUUGACAAAGAUAUUGAGCCACGACCAAGUGCAACGUUUUAUCCAAAUGGGCAUGUCAAAGGCAUACUUUUUGACGAAGAUAUUCAACCACGUCCAAGUUUAUUGUUCUACCCAGAUAAUGGGAAUGCCGAACUUUUCGCUAAAGAUAUUGAACCACGACCAAAUGUCUCGUCUUACCCAAGUGAGAACAAGGAUGAACUUUAUACCAACGAUGUAAAGCCACAACCAAGUACGACAGUUUAUCCCCACGAUCUCAACUCAAAAGCUUCUUCCACUGAUUGUCACCACGAUGAAGAUGACAUACAGAUCACACGAGCCUAGUGUUAUGUCAAAAACAACCGUGGGCGUGGAAAGAUUAUGAUGCAAGAAAACAAUGGAGCC